AUGGCUCCCAUCGCAUUAUCAAAACGAUUACUUCAGAUUACCUGUGCCAUUGCCUGGUGCUUGUUGGCAGCAGGACCAGUGUUUGGGUUUGCGGCGAUCAAACCCAUCUUGAUCAGCGAACACAUCUACGAGGAUAGGUGUGAUGCCAAAGCGUCCGAAAACGAUGCCAACGGAGGCUUGGCGUGUAAUGAGCAAGACUUGUCGUUGAACUUCUUGUUCACCAUAGCCUGUAUGGUGACUAACGUGUCUGCGUUGCCUGUGGGGUCGAUUCUCGACUCGUACGGGCCUAAAGUCACUGGCAUCAUCGGUUCGAUCAUCUUGGCUGUGGGAACCUUGAGUUUGAGGUAUGCUGCUCUCUGGCCCCAGGUGGAUGGCUACUUGAUUGGGUACAGUUUGAUGGCGUUGGCCGGGCCUUUCGUGUUCAUAUCGUGCUUCCAGUUAGCCAACAGCUUCCCCAAAAACUCGGGGUUGAUUUUGGCAUUGUUGACCGGAGCUUUCGACUCGUCCUCUGCGUUGUUUUUGGUCUACCGCUUGAUUUACACCAACGUCAAGCGUAUCUCCAUCAGCACCUUCUUCUCCUACUAUCUCGUGGUCCCCGUGUUUAUUCUUGUUUGUCAGGUGUUCAUCAUGCCCAGAGACUCCUACAAAACGAUUGGGACUUUGGCCAAAAUUGCCGAAACCGGAAUCGAUGAAACCGGAAAGCCUUUGGAUACUGAUUUGUUGUUGCCAGAAGACCGUGACUCGCCUGUGGAGUUUAUUCAACAGCCUACCAUAUCCGAAACAACCUCUCUUUUGAUGAGAAAAGCUUCCAUGGCCUCCAGAAGAUCAUCCACCGUGCUGAGAGUCUCUAUGAUGUCAACGAGGUCUACCAAGUCGGUGUACGAACAGGAAGCUGACAACAAAUUACACCAAUCCUCUGGAGGUACGUUCGGAAUCUUGCACAAUUCCUCGAUUGGAGAACAAUUACAUUCUAAGUGGUUCAUUUUGAUGACUUUGUUCACCACCAUUCAAAUGUUGCGGAUCAACUACUUUGUUGCAACUAUCAAGUCUCAGGAACGGUACUUAUACAACGAGGAUUUGGCAAUUUUGAUUAAUCAUUUCUUUGACUUGGCCUUGCCGUUGGGCGGUUUGGCUUCCAUUCCUUUCAUUGGCUUGAUAUUGGAUAAUUUUACAACAUUGACGGUGUUGAUAAUUCUAACCAUAGUAUCAGUUGUCAUUGGAUUAUUGGGAUUGGUGGCUUGGUUACCAGGGACCUACGCGGGAAUCUUAUUGCUUGUGGUAUAUAGACCAUUUUACUACACUGCUGUUAGUGAUUUCUGUGCAAAAGUGUUUGGUUACGACAACUUCGGUACCAUUUACGGUACUAUCAUUGCAUUUUCCGGUGUUUGUAAUAUUUUACAGCAGGUCAUGGACAAACUCACUCAUGAAGUUUUCAACUUGAACCCACUCCCUAUCAACGCCUUCUUAACAGCAAUAACUGCCAUAUUUGGGGUGACUUUAAUUGGAUUUGUGCGCUCGCAAGAGUUGGAUAUGAAAAGGAAAAGCCUAGAAUUCGAAGCUCAGGAAGCAGGCACCAGACAAAUACCUCACUAG